CAAUUUACCUCCUGAGUCCAGAUUAUCCAUGCAACCAACAAAAACAGCCUCCUGCCGAUAGAUGAGCAUCAAUCUUGGGAGCCCUAGAACACCAAACGAUUUGCUGCCUCGACGAUCGAUCAAAUAGCAGCUACGAACUAACGAGCCAUCUUUGAAGUCUACGAGAGUCCGGCUUUGGCUCGAUCGACUGGUUGGCGGCGCUGCGUGGGCUUGUCGCUUGUCCGGGAGUCGAUGACUCUGCCCUGAAGCUUUCUCCCUCAGCGUUGACAACGUAUUGACUUCUGCGGGCUCAGUGCCACGCGUGGUCAGCGCCCUUCACUAUGCGGCUCUUUCCAUUUUCCCUCCUGUUUGGCGCAGCCACCUUGGCCGCAACAGCCUUCGCGGUUGACCUAUACCCCGAAGAUGCGACACGAGAGAACACAUAUUUCAAUGGGCACAAGGUCCCCCCAAUGCUAGAGCUUACUGAAGCCAACUGGGAGACACAAUUAAAGGUGACGAAGUGGCUGUUCGUGAAACACUACAGCCCUUGGUGUGGGCACUGCAUAGACUUCGCACCGACCUUGCAGACUCUCUACGAGUUCUAUUACACCUCCCAUCCGAGCGGGAGUGGAAACGAAGAUGCCGAUUUCACGAAAUUCUACGACUUCCGGUUCGGAAUGAUUAACUGUAUCGCAUUUUCCGACUUUUGUGCUGCCCAGGGGGUAAAAGCGUACCCUUCGAUGCUGCUAUAUAAGGAUGGAGAGCUGGUCGAGAACUUCAAGGGAUCGAAGAACAUGUCAUUCCUGAGCAACGCCAUCGAGGACGCCCUGGAGAAGACGAAGCCAGGAACAAGGCCCGCGAAGCUGUCCCUUCCCAACCCCGGCGACACAUCCUUUGGAGAGCCAGCCGCCGUGGAGUCGGCAUCAGCCAAGCAAGAAACGCAGCCGGCCGAUGUCUCUAAGAGCGCCCGGGUCGCCCCGUCCCCGACUACCGCUACGCAAUACCGCGCCGCCCCCGCCAAGGUAGCAAAGCCGGUCGCCACCCCGAAUGUCGAAGGUGCGUCGGUUUCUCUAAGUGCCGAGACUUUCCAGACAUUGGUGACAACGACACACGAGCCUUGGUUUAUCAAAUUCUACGCCCCGUGGUGCCACCACUGCCAGGCCAUGGCGUCGAGUUGGGAACAGUUGGCGAAAACGAUGAAGGGGAAACUGAAUAUUGGCGAGGUCAACUGCGAUGCCGAGCCACGCCUGUGCAAGGAUGUCCGACUCAAGGGUUAUCCCACAAUCCUCUUCUUCAAGGGUGGCGAACGUGUCGAGUAUGACGGUCUCCGCGGGCUUGGCGAUUUCGUACAGUAUGCCGAGAAGGCGGUCGAGAUCGCCGGCGGUGUCCAGGACGUCGAUGCUGCUUCUUUCAGCGCUCUCGAAGAGCAAGAGGACGUCAUCUUCGUCUACUUCUACGACCAUGCCACCACGAGUGAGGAUUUCUUGGCCCUAGAGAGGCUGCCGUUGAGCCUCAUCGGGCGUGCCAAGAUAGUCAAGACCCAGGACCCGGACUUGUACGAGCGCUUCAAGAUCAGCACCUGGCCCAGGCUACUCGUCGCACGGGAGGGACGGCCGACAUACUACACACCUCUCACGCCCAAGGACAUGCGUGACACUCGCAAGGUUUUAGGCUGGAUGAAAUCGGUGUGGCUGCCGAUUGUUCCGGAGCUGACAGCGUCCAACGCCCGCGAGGUUAUGGAUGGCAAGCUUGUUGUUUUGGGGAUUCUUAACAGGGAAGACCAGGACUCGUUCCAGAGCGCAACGCGCGAGAUGAAGAGUGCCGCCAACGAGUGGAUGGACAAGCAGAUCCAGCUAUUCCAGCUCGAGCGCCAAGAGCUCCGCAAUGCCAAACAGUUGCGCAUCGACGAGGCCGAGGACCGCGGCGAUCAGAGGGCUCUGCGGGCCGCCAAGAGCAUCCGAAUCAACAUGGACAAGUCUGACCGGAGGGAGGUGGCAUUCGCCUGGGUCGACGGUGUCUUCUGGCAGAGGUGGAUCCGCACCACCUACGGAAUAGACGUGAAGGAUGGUGAGAGGGUAAUCAUCAAUGACGAAGACAACCGACGGUACUGGGACCAAACAAUCACGGGCAACUAUAUCAUCCCCUCGCGGACGUCGAUUCUCGAGACGCUCAACAAAGUCACCGCCUCGCCGUCGAAGAUCAAGCCGAAGCUCACCAUCUCCAGCCUCGAGAAGAUGUUCUUUGAUACGCGCAUCACCUUUAUCGAACACCCCUACCUCACAGUUGGCUGCAUUCUCGGACUCGGGCUCGGCUGCGCCUCCUGGUUCAGGGGCAGGCUCAGGAGGAACCGUGGUGGACAUUUCUCGUUGGACGACGGCGCGGGAACAAAGGAGUUCAAGGCGCCGCUUCUUGGCGCCAACUCUAACGGGAAAGUUGAUUAGGAUACGACUGACUGUUUUUUUGGAUCAUCCACUCGACGCUCGGGGAGGCCGGGGAAGUAGAGCAUGAAGAUAAAUCGAGUCUAUGAGGAGUUAGCCUUCAGGCGGGACUAGUUGGUUUUGCUGCCCUUUUUUUCGCGGUAUAAAGUUGGUCUGUAUAAUAUUGGACAGUACCCCGUGCGCAAAGUCGUCAAGACUCUUCUGGUUUUUUUUACUUCAUUUUUUCCUCCUUUUUCUUUUCUUUUCUCGGUCUGUCAUGUCGAUGGCUGGAUGGCUCGGCGUGCAAGCAAAGACCUCUUGUCAGUACCUAGGGGUGAUAGAAAUGGAAUGACCGGGAUGCGUCGUUGGCAAUGGCGGGUGUUGCAUAACUAAUACUUAACUG